UUCAAUUCAAAUGAUUCCAACUGCCAUCAAGCUACAUUGAAUACAACAACAACAGCAACAACAAUAACAUCUAACGGCACGAUGAGAUCUCCAAAUAACACCGUAACUGGCCUGUCAACAGACCCAUCGGCAUUGUCGGCAGUCGCUGCGGCCACCGUUGGCACUGAACUCUUGCAACAGCAUUCAAUUAAUUCCAUAAUUGAGCAGCGACGUCAGGACUUUCUAAUACGACACGGCAGCAGUGCGGCGGCAAGUGAUGCCGCCAACUCAACGCUAACCAAUUCAACAAACUCAACAUCGGAUACACUAACCUCAACAUUAAAUGAUCCCAUUGCAUUGACGGCUGAAUUUCUUGGCUUGGACAAUCGUUCGACAAAUCCAACAACAGCAACAACAAUGACAAAUAACAUUUUAAAUUUAGGCAACGUGGGCGGCGGCGGCAACAGCAACAAUAGCAACCCCGCCUCAUCAUCGGCUGUUGUUGGCAAAGUCUGUGGUGUUGUGGGCGCAAAUGGUCUCGGCCGUUCUGCUGUUGGUACAGCCAUCAUAGGAGGCGGAGUUAAUUCGAAUGGCACAACUCUGCAAACCAAUAUCGAUGUCUUAAAUUGUAAUGGCACGGCGGCAAAUGCCUUGGCUGCCGCAUAUAUGCCGCUCACACCAAGUUCCACACAAUCAUCCAUAUCGCCGGGCACUACCACCACCGGCAAUACCUUUGAUAUGUUCCAGUUUGACAAUAUUGCACCAUCACAACAACACAACCAACAACAAAAUACACCACUCAAGGUGUUCCAAAGAAAUAUCAGCUUCGAUUGUUCUGCACCUUUAUCGCCCAGUACGCCUACAUCUCUUUAUAAUAACUCUUUUCAAAGUUCACCUUUAGUCAGCGAUAGCAGUAACUCAUCAUCAGCCAAUGGUUUGUCCCUGGACUCUAUACCAAUGGUGUAUCAGAAUGGUUAUAAUACCAAUGGUCUGACUUCGACACGUUCUACAUCGCCGGAAAGCCAGAAUAGCAAUCAGUCGAAUGAGAACAAUUUAAUUGAUAUGAUGAAAUUCCUCAAGGUAGCUGCCAACAAUCAGCAAAAUCAGUUGCCACAGCAGCAACAGUCACAACAGCAGACUCUUCAACAGGACGCAACCCAACAGCGUCUAAAACAGCAGCAGCAACAACAACACUCCGAUUUCCUCAACACCGAUUUUGAUAGCAUCAGCAAUCCUACAAAUCUCUUUGAUGAACAAAAUCUGGAAAAUUUCGAAGCCCUUUCGGCUUUCGAUAUGGAGUUGUCGAAGUUACAGGCCCUAAACGCUGUUACCCUGUGGCAGGCACAACAACAACAAAUGCCUUUGUUGCAGAAUCUCUUGCAGACCUACAAUACCAUUAAUCUUUCAAAACUGGCAAUUACAACAGCAGCAACAACAGCAGCAGCAGCCAGCGGCUCCACCUCCACAACAAACGGUUCCCAAUUCGAUCAAGCAGCUAAAUUCUAUCGAGGAUCGGCAGCAUUUUGUGAGCCCACCUGUACAUGGAGCGGUCAGUUGCCACCGCGUUCGCAUCGCCUCUACCAGUUUUCGCCCAAGGUGUUUUUGGGCGGCAUUCCCUGGGACAUUAGUGAACAGUCGUUGAUACAAAUCUUCCGGCCAUUUGGUCAGAUAAAGGUUGAGUGGCCCGGCAAGGAAGAGGAAGGUACCCAACAGCCUCGUGGCUAUGUUUAUAUCAUAUUCGAAUCGGAUAAACAAGUGAAGGCCCUGCUCUCGGCCUGUGCUGUCCAGGCUGAUGAACGUCAACAUGGUGAUGGUAUUUUCUAUUUUAAAAUCUCCUCCAGGCGUAUCAAGGCAAAGGAUGUUGAAGUCAUACCCUGGCUAAUUGGUGACUCGAAUUAUGUCAAAUCGACUUCCCAAAAAUUGGACCCAACCAAAACGGUAUUUGUCGGAGCCUUGCAUGGUAAACUGACUGCAGAGGGUUUGGCCAAAAUUAUGGAUGAUCUCUUUGAUGGAGUUUUGUAUGCAGGUAUCGACACGGAUAAAUACAAAUAUCCCAUUGGUUCCGGACGUGUCACUUUUAAUAACAAUCGUUCAUAUUUGAAGGCCAUAUCGGCCGCCUUCGUUGAGAUUCGUACACCGAAAUUUACUAAGAAAGUGCAAAUAGAUCCAUAUCUUGAAGAUUCCCUAUGCUCAAUAUGCGGAGUACAACACGGACCAUAUUAUUGUCGAGAGCUGAGUUGUUUCAGAUACUUCUGUCGCUCCUGUUGGGAAUGGCAACAUUCAACCGAUCUCGUCAAAUAUCACAAACCGCUGAGCAGAAAUUCAAAAUCACAAACAUUGGUCGGAAUUGGUCCGGCAACAUCGACGGCAUCAAUUGCAUCGAAUGCUUCGACACCAUCAUUACCGUCGAUUAAUUCCCGCCCAGUAUUGAGCUGUCGCCAGACUCCACAACCAACGGUGGCUCCGACACAAACACAGGAAUCGUUCAAUGCAAUGUCGCAGCAGCAACAACAACAGCAUCAUCGUCGCCAGCCACAGGCUCAACAAACCUCGCAGAUUGGUUUCCAAUUACCACAGACGGCAUCGCAACAACAACAACAACCACAAUCAACUCAAUCUCAACAGCAGCAACAACAACAGCAACAAAUUCCUGCUCUAAAUGCCUUUCAUUUUUAA